GUGCGAAUGAAAACUCUCCCAAGGCUCGCAGCUUCAAAGCCAGAAAAGGGAGGGAAAGAAGCGAGGGAUGCGCAAGUUGCGGAGGAGCUGAGAUAAUACUAGGGACCCGACGUGCUAAGAACGUUCAAGUUGAAGACUGUUCCACGUGAAAUAACACAGCCACUGAUCCUUUCAUUUACCACCUGUCCCAGGCUCAGUUACUGAAACCAGAAUGUCCUCUAUAGAUCCUUAUCAACACAUUACGGUAGAACACCAAUACUCUCACAAAUUCAUUGUGACUGUAAAGCAAGCCAAGAAUGUUACCAAGGGUGCUCUUGGAGAUAUGCUUGAUACACCAGAUCCAUAUGUAGAGCUGUUCAUCCCAACGGCCCCUGACACCAGAAAGAGAACAAAAUACAUCAAUAACAAUGUGAAUCCUGAGUGGAAUGAGACAUUUGAGUUUAUAUUGGACCCCAACCAGGAAAAUGUUCUUGAGAUCACUCUUAUGGAUGCCAAUUACGUGAUGGACGAGACUCUUGGUUCGGCAACAUUUCCCGUAUCAUCACUGAAAAUAGGAGAGAAGAAAGAAGUUCCAUUCAUUAUCAAUAAAGUCACAGAAAUUACUUUGGAGUUAUCUGUUGAAGUUUGCUCUUCAACAGACCUCCGCUUCAGCAUGGCUCUAUGUGACGAAGAGAAGGCUUUCCGACACCAGCGGAAGAUGAAAAUAAUGCAGCAUUUGAACAAUUUCUUGGGGGCUGAAAACACCAACCACUUGACCUCCCCUCGUGAUGUCCCGGUGAUUGCAGUGUUGGGGUCUGGUGGUGGAUUCCGUGCCAUGGUCGGGUUUGCUGGUGUGAUGAAAGCACUAUAUGAAUCCGAAAUUUUAGACUGCGCAACUUACAUUGCUGGAUUAUCUGGAUCUACAUGGUACCUGUCAACAUUAUAUUCUCACCCAGAUUUCCCAGUGAAAGGACCAAAGGAGAUAAAUGAAGAACUGAUGGACAGUGUCAGUCACAACCCGUUAAAACUGCUUACUCCUCAAAAAGUCAAGCGGUACAUUGAAGCAUUAUGGAAAAAGAAAAGUUCAGGCCAGCCUGUUACGUUUACAGAUAUCUUUGGAAUGCUGAUUGGAGAAACACUCAUCCAAAAUAGGAUGGACAGCACUUUGAGUGAUAUGAAAGAGAAAGUCAGUAAGGCACAGUCUGCUCUGCCACUUUUUACAUGCCUCCAUGUUAAACCUGAUGUGUCAGAACUGAUGUUUGCUGAUUGGGUGGAAUUCAGUCCCUAUGAAAUUGGCAUGGCUAAAUAUGGCACCUUUAUGCGUCCCGAUUUGUUUGGCAGCAAAUUUUUUAUGGGAACAGAAGUGACAAAAUAUAAAGAAAACCCCCUGCAUUUCUUAAUGGGUAUCUGGGGAAGUGCUUUUGCUAUAUUGUUUAACAGAGUCCUUGGUGUUUCCAAUUCUCAGAAUAAAGGGCCUACAAUGGAAGAAGAACUAGAAAAUAUCAGGCUGCGGCACCUAGUGAGCAAUGACUCGGACAGCGAUGAUGAGUCACAAGGCCCAAAAGGCUCAGAAAACCCAGUUGCCAAAAAUGAGCAUCAACAGAGCAGCCAGGAAAGCUGGGUUCAGAGAAUGUUUAUCUCCCUCGUGGGUGACAGUGCCCUUUUCAACACCAGAGAAGGGCGGGCAGGCAAAGUGCACAAUUUCAUGCUAGGCUUGAAUCUCAACACAUGCUAUCCAUAUUCUCCUCUGGCCGGCAUCAACACUCAAGAGUCUGUUGAGGAUGAUGAAUUGGAUACCGCCGUGGCAGAUCCUGAUGAAUUUGAUAGGAUAUAUGAGCCAUUAGAUGUCAAGAGCAAGAAGAUACAUGUUGUAGAUAGUGGACUCACGUUUAACCUGCCUUAUCCACUUAUCUUGCGGCCACAAAGAGGGGUUGACCUUAUCAUCUCAUUUGAUUUUUCUGCACGCCCCAGUGAUUCCAGCCCUCCUUUUAAGGAAAUUUUGCUUGCUGAAAAAUGGGCCAAAAUGAACAAACUUCCUUUCCCCAAAAUAGACCCACAUGUGUUUGAUCGCGAGGGAUUAAAGGAGUGCUAUGUCUUCAAACCCAAGAAUCCGGCAUCUGACAUAGAUUGCCCAACAAUUAUCCACUUUGUUUUGGCUAAUAUAAAUUUCAGAAAGUUCAAAGAACCAGGUGUUCCUAGAGAAACACAGGAAGAAAAAGAUUUUGCUGACUUUGAUAUUUUUGAUGAUCCCAAUACACCAUUCUCCACCUUCAACUUCCAGUAUUCAAAUGAGGCUUUCAAGAGGCUGCAUGAUCUAAUGGAAUUCAAUACCCUGAACAACUUAGAUAUAAUCAAGGAAGCAAUAGCAGACAGCAUUGAAUACAGGAGGCAGAACCCAUCCCGCUGCUCCGUAUCCCUCAGCAGUGUCGAAGCAAGGCGAUACUUCAACAAACCCCAAAACAAUAACCAUGCCUAGAGACUGUGCUGCAGGAUUCGCUUCCUAGAAGCAGAAUGCGUUUGGAUUGGUCACACAGACAUUAUUGCGCGAUAAAUCAUUGUUUAGGAAGGAAAUGCUAUAAAACAGAAGAAGACGGUUGCAUCUUUUUUCCCUCUUUUUUAUAAGCAUAUCAACUUUAUAAUACAGAAAUAUGGCCAUGAUCUGGUUUUAAGUAAUGUGAAAAGUUUUUAAAGUUCCAUUUAUUUCAUGAACAAUUUAUUUCAACUGCCCUAUUUAUUACUGGAGAUUUUUGUUCUGUUUUAAAUCUGUGAAAUUAUAUAUAUAGCAAUUAAAAGAAUGUUGUUGUUUAUGAUCUUGACAGUAAUAAUAACAACAUUCGAUUUAAUAGCUGUGCAUGAGUUAAACCAUAAGGUGAAUGUCAGCGGAUGUUCCCCUGAAUGUGUAGGUGUUGGAGGCAGAGUCAAAGAGCAUGAUCCUGUUCCACUCUAGCAUAUUCAAGGUAUAUUUAGGGUUGGAUCCUAUAUUACUCCGUUUUACUAAGUUGGCUCCCGUGACUCCAUUCUACCAAGUCUUCCUCCAACUUGAUUUAACAAAGAAAGUCUUUUUUCCAUCAGAGGAAGCCUCCCUGCAAAUUCAUUCUUCAUUGGAGGAAGUCUGUCUCCCCUGAAAAAAGCAGGAAAGUCAUACAUUCCAAUCCUAAACAGAGUUCUACCUUUCUAAUCCCAUUGAAGUUAAUGAGUUUAGCAAAAUGCAGCUCUUGAAAUGACUGUACUGAUAGGAUCCAACUUUGUAGAACUCCUAGGAUCUAACCCAUAAUAUAACAUCUCCAUAGGGCAUAUGUUACAAACAUUCCUUGCACAACUUUCAGUCAGCACUAAAAAUAUUGGUGCUGAUGUCUAAUGAUGAAUUAAAUUUUAAAUAAUAGGUCCGAAGUCUCAACCCACUUGGACUUUAGCAUCAGUAAAUACAGAGAGUGUGUUAAAUGUAUAUUUUAUAUUGGUUUUUCAUCACAGAGUUGAGAAAACGCGUAUCUCCGUCUAAUUCAACAUGAACCAGAACUACAGCUAACCAACUUUAGACGUUUUGAAUGUUUGUCACACUAAAUUCAUCUCUAAGAUUUAAACAUUAUGAUAUUAAAUACAUGGUUGUUCGACUGAGUCGAUAAUCAUGAUACAAAUCUAUAUAUUUAUUUUAUUUUUCCUGCAAAUUGCCCUAUUUUUGGAAGGUGACAGUGAGUGUUUGUUUAAAUAGGUUUGGACUGCAGCGCUAAGCGUGUGUACUUGACAGUAAUUCCCACUGAACAGGAUACAUUUCCAAAUAUACAUGUAUUGGACUGCAAGAAUUUACCAGGUUUUGAGGACCAUGGUGAUUGAUUCUGGGGUUCCUUCCAAACCCAUUGUUUUGCAGUACUUUUUCUGUGGCUAGUAAACCCAUGAAUACACACUGAUGAGCCCAUUUGUAGAGCAUCUGCUCUGCAUGCAAAAAAUCCCAGGUUUAAUCUCUAGCAUAAUGGCUCUCUGGUAGCAGACCUUGGGAAAAACUGAAAGCCUAAAAGCCUACUAGUUACAGUAGAUGAUUCCAUGCUUCAUAGACCAAUAGUCUAAUAGUAUACAAUAAUGUCACGUGUUCUUAUAAUUUCUUGAUUAUAUAAUUAUUUGUAGAAGCUGUAUUUUAAUACCACAAUAUUGUUAAUAGUAAUGAUAUUUAAUUAUAUUAAUUAUGUUUUGUUUUAAAAUUCCCUUAUAACUUAUUUAGUAAUAUGACUGCUGUUUCAUCUUAGAAUUCUGAUUCCAUUUAGUAGUAAAAUUGUGAAUGAUUUGACUGAUAGCUGAGCUGAAAUGAAAAAAAAUCUUCAAAUUAAAAAGGUAGUUAAUGUAUCUCA